GUUCAAAAGUGUAUAGCUUAUGGAUCAGGUGCGGAGGGAGAUAUGUUUGAGAGCACACGAAUAAUCGGCCAACUUCAAUUCGAGAAGGCAAGAGAACUCUACACGGAAGCCAAGAGAGGAUUGUUCGAUGAUACUAAAGAUGACAUCGAUUUUCGACACCAAUUUGUCAAUAUGACAAAUUACAAGGUCACCUAUGACACUAAGGAAAAUAGUAGUCCCGAAAUAGGACACACCUGUCUGCCUGCGUUGGGUUACAGUUUUGCGGCUGGAACCGCUGAUGGCCCUGGAGUUGCCGACUUUACCCAAGGAAUGCUAAAGACAAAGCAACCCUGGAGUUUCAUCACUGCUCUCCUGACAGAACCAACGGAGAAAAUGAUUGAAUGUCACGCCCCGAAACCGAUCCUUAUUGCCACAGGACUGAUGGAUUAUCCCAUACCUUGGCACCCCAGCAUCGUGGAGACACAAAUCUUCAAGAUAGGCUCUCUUGUGGUAGUAGGUCUUCCUGGAGAAUUCACCACCAUGUCUGGACGUCGUGUGGCUCAGGCUGUAUCCACUGUUUUUCCAAAAGACUCAGUGAUUGCCCUUGCGGGACUCACGAAUCUAUACACACAUUAUGUGACCACUCUUGAAGAAUACCAGGUACAACGAUAUGAAGGCGCCUCAACAAUUUACGGUCCGCAUACACUUCAAGCCUACAUUCAACAGUUCCGCAAACUCGCCAACUCUAUUAUGGAGAAAAGAGCUGUUGCGAGCGGACCUGAGCCACCAUUUCUACUGAAAAGAAUGUUCAAAGUAGGCCUCCCGAAUUUGAUAUUUGACAUUCGACCACCCUUUCACAGCUUUGGAGAAGUCUGGAAACCCCCAAAGACUUCUUAUCGAAAACUUGAUAGGGAAGUCAUCGUCGAAUUUAUAACCGCAGAUCCAAACAAUAACCUUCGAACAAACUCGACAUAUCUAACCGUUGAAAAGAAGGAAGAAUCUGGUGAUUGGGAUGUCGUUUACACCGACUCUGACUGGGAGACGAAGUAA